CAACGGCAAGAGUUCAAACACUGCAAAGCUUCCAACUUAACUGUCGCUCUGACCCGAAAGGGUGGAGCAAAUCAUGGUCGGAGGCUUCUCUUUCUGUCCCUGCUUUGGAAGUCGGAGUAGCGUCGAUACUGAUCCCGACCGCAACCCGGUUCUUUUAGUGUCUGGAAUCGGAGGGUCCAUCCUGCACUCGAAGAACAAGAAGUUCGGGUUUCAGAAUCGGGUAUGGGUCCGGAUUCUCUUAGCUGAUUAUGAGUUCAAGAAGAGAAUUUGGUCUCUUUACAACCCCAACACAGGUUAUACAGAAGUACUGGAUGAUGGAACUGAACUUUUGGUCCCUGAUGAUGAUUAUGGGCUGUAUGCAAUUGAUAUUUUAGAUCCAUCAUUGUUUGUUAAACUUUGCCAUGUGACAGAGGUGUAUCACUUCCAUGAUAUGAUUGAUAUGCUCAUUAAAUGUGGAUAUAAGAAGGGAACCACAUUGUUUGGAUAUGGCUAUGAUUUCCGGCAAAGCAAUAGAUUUUUUAUUGUUAGCAGAAUUGACAAAUUAAUGGAAGAUCUUAAAGCAAAGUUGGAAACUGCUUACGAAGCAUCUGGGAAUAGGAAAAUCGAUAUAAUUUCACAUUCAAUGGGUGGACUUUUGGUGUCAUGUUUCAUAUCACUUCAUGCAGAUGUGUUCUCAAAAUUUGUUAACAAAUGGAUCUGUAUUGCAUGCCCUUUCCAAGGUGCACCAGGAUGCAUCAAUGAUUCCCUGUUAACUGGGUUGCAGUUUAUUGAAGGUUUUGAGAGCUACUUUUUUGUAUCUCGAUGGACAAUGCACCAGCUGUUGGUUGAGUGCCCAUCGAUCUAUGAAAUGUUGGCAAAUCCAGAUUUUAAGUGGGAAAGGCAACCACAAAUUCAAGUUUGGCGGGAGCAAUCGGAUGAUGGAGAAAGUUCUGUCAAGUUGGAGUCCUAUGGCCCACUUGACAGUAUCGCUUUCUUCCAGGAAGCAUUGAGGAAUAAUGAGCUAAAUUAUGAAGGAAAUACAGUUGCUCUGCCCUUCAAUUUUUACAUCCUCAGAUGGGCUGCUGGUACUCGCCAGAUUCUAAAUGAUGUGCAACUGCCCAAAGGGGUUUCCUUCUAUAACAUUUUUGGGACUUCAUAUGAUACACCUUUUGAUGUUCGAUACGGUACAGAGACGUCUCCAAUCAAAGAUUUGUCUGAAGUCUGCCACACAAUGCCUCAGUAUUCUUAUGUGGAUGGGGAUGGAACAGUUCCUGCGGAAUCAGCUAAGGCGGAUGGAUUUGAUGCGGUUGAGAGAGUAGGAAUUGCAGCUACUCACCGUGGAGUGCUACGAGACAAGACAGUGUUUGAGCUUAUCAAGAAAUGGUUGGGAGGUGAUCAGAAGCUUUGUAAGCAUUCAAGGACAUCCAGAGUAAUGGAUGUUUCAUGAGGUUCACAGGUUAAAGAAUGAAUAUGUGGAUAAAGAAAAGGAGAAAGAUUUAUUGUUGAUGAAGUUGCGAUUGACUUGGGCUGUAUAAUCUAUAAUAUAUUACAAGGCUUGAUUGAUUUCAGUAUUUGUAAAUUCUUAUAUUUGAUAACUACGAUUUAAGCUUAGUAUUAUAUUAGUUUUAUUA